GUGAACAUCUAUUGUUUGAAAGAGCUUUAUGGAUUAAUUGUUUAUUAGGGUUUUGAUUUGUAAUUAGUGAGGUAUAAUGUGAUUUUGUGCAAGAUGGCGGCUCUGGCAAGCAAUCUCGUACAGCAGCCGCUACAUUUUUCUCGACAAACUAUGGAAAGCACCGAUGGAUCAGUAUCGAUGGACUCUAGUGAUAAUUUUGACAGGGAUUCUGUUAACAUAGACAAUGGUAGUUGUUGUAGUGACGAUACAGUGCUCUCCGUUGGCAACGAGAACCCCAAUCAAGACUGCAAUAGCGAACCUUUAACGUUUAAAAACAUUGAAAAUCAUUUGAACGCCAUAUCUCAAAUUUCUACUAGUGUAAGUUCAGAAUCUAGUCCAAAAAUUAGUACAAAUACAAAAACAUUUAGUAAAAUCACGGAACAUGUAAAUAUUAAUCCGAAUCGUUUAUAUAACCAACAUAACCUCAAAGAAGUUUCUGAUAACGACGAUAAUCCCCGUAUAAAAUUUUCAAUAGACAAUAUUUUAAAAGCAGACUUUGGUAGAAGGAUAACAGAUCCUCUACAUAUAAAAAAGAUAGUUCCUAAGAGGGUGGUUCCUGAACCCGCGGAAGAGACGAAAGUGUCGGGGCCUGUGGACCUCAGUAAAGCCGACGAAAAGGAGAAGAAAGAUGAAAAGCAACCUAUUCUGUGGCCUGCGUGGGUUUACUGUACCCGAUAUAGUGAUCGUCCUAGUUCAGGUAGGCACCUAUUUAUUUUUAUCAUUGUUUAUCUAUUUACCUAACUGUUCCUCACAAUUCACCUUUUACUGCAGUUAUCCCUGUUGUAUCAAUAAAAAAAUUAUAAGAGUGUGAUAACAAAAUUAUGUGGCUUCAUAUCGCCUUGCAUAAAUAAACAGAAAAAGUGUUAAAAUAAAUUUUU